UAUUAUUAGGCUAUUAUUCAUCUCAAACAGAAACUAGCUCAUUGAAAAAAAUUACGACUAAACACAAGAGAUGUAAAACUGGAGGUCAAAGUUCAGCUCAAAGAUGAGACCAUACUUUGAUAUUACUUUGCUUUACUAGAGAACCUACGCUAGUACGCCUAUGAGUACUCUACAGUAGAUCUAGAUAUCUCUAGAGAUCUACUAUUUAGAGUUUACUCAGUUUUAGACUAGAGCUAGGGAUAAUCUAGAAAUCUAUACUGAUUCCAUACGUCCCACAAUGACAUGACGGUGUAGCUAUUGUAAUGUUAAUGUUUAGUUAAGACUACUAAAAAACUAAGUGAAACAAACAGGCCUAUCCGCGGCAUCUGUCAUCUGGGGAAUAAGACUAAGAAAUACCUGACAAAAUGGGUUUCUUCCAGCAACUGAAGGCCAACCUUGUGAUGCACUUGAUUUUAGGUUAUAUCUUCAUCAUGUCCGGUUUGAUUGUAACAUUUCUUAUGUUAUGUUCUUGUAUUAUUUGGCCAUUCAACCGGCACUUGUAUCGAAAGAUAAACGUGCAUCUGGCAUACUCACAUUGGUCUCAGUUUACCUUCCUGGCUCAGUGGUGGUCUGGGACUGAAGUAAUUUGUUAUGCAUCUGAUGUAGAUGUCAAGUUAAUUGGCAAAGAGCAUAUCCUGACCAUAAUGAACCAUAAAUAUGACAUCGACUGGUUGAUGGCAUGGAUCUUGGCAGAAAGAUUUCAAAUGCUGGGGAACACAAAAAUCUAUGGCAAACAGUUUCUAAAGUAUGUCCCUCUUAUUGGCUGGGCCUGGUAUUUCACUGAGAGCAUAUUUCUCAAGCGCCAGUGGGAGCAUGACAAAAAGAUCAUACAGAAAGACUUGCUUCAAGCUACUGAUUAUCCUGAAGGGUACUACGUCACACUGCUGCUGUUCCCUGAAGGCACAAGAUUCACUGAAGAGAAACACAAAGCCAGUCUAGAGGUUUGCAAGGCCAAAGGUUACCCUCUCUUGAAACAUGUGCUCCUGCCCAGGCCGAAAGGAUUCAUUGUGUCCAUGCAUGGCUUGAAGGGCCAUUUCCCCACAAUUCUAAACUGCACGGUUGGAUUUCCACCCAAUGGUCCGCCACCAACACUGAUGACUGUCAUUCAAGGCAAGCCACUGCUUGCACACUUUCAUGCUGAACGUAUCCCUAUUGAUAGUGUGCCUAUUGAGUCUGAUGAAGUUUGUGCUCAAUGGCUGAGAGAACUCUUCAAGAAGAAGGACGACAUGUAUGACAGCUACCUGGAAACUGGUCAGUUUCCUGGUCCACAUCACCUGAUACCUCGGCGCUACAACGACCUAAUUAUGUGGAUAUUUUGGGCCAUUGUGACCUGCGUUCCCCUUUUCUACUACAUCGGCAGCAUUUUUGUAGCCGGCUCCUUGACGCAGCAACUCAUUAUUGUAGCCGUGGGCGUGUUCUUGUCUGUUGUGGUGAGGUGGAUGAUCAGUGUGUCAGAGAUCCACAAAGGCUCCGAGUAUGGAAAAGUGACCAACGCAGAGAAGAAGAAAUCUGAAUGAUGAUGUUUGAUCAACUACUGAUGUUGCAAGUCAGGUGUGAUCAACUACUGAUGUUGCAAGUCAGAUUCUGAUAGAUAAUACAUUGUUUAAUCCAAACUAUGCUGUUUUUCUAAGGUGUCCGAGCUAAAUAUCCUCUAUUUUUUUAUUAAAAUAUUGAAGAGCUUA